UUUCCCUUAGCUUUUAUUUUUUUUCCCCCUUCCUUCCUUCUUUCUUUCCUUUCUUCUCUCCGCAAAAUAAAAAAAAAUUAAUACUCGCAAAACACCGUGGCUGCAAUCUUCCGACUAAACCACUGACACAUACAACCAUGACUACAGUUGAAGAUCCAGCCAUCAAGCGUAAAUAUAAGGAGCUAAAGAAGCGUAUUCGAGACAUUGAAGACGACAAUGACGUUCUCAACAUUCGACUGACAAAAGCCAAAAAACAUAUUAAUCGUCUACGAUUAGAACGAAGUGUCCUUUUGGAGCGACUAGAGCGUUCGACCGACUACAUAGAUGAUUCGGAUAGCAACUCCGAUAUAUCGGACAGUGGAACUCAUCCUCUGCUGGCUGAAAUCAAAUCUCGACAUGACACCAAACCAUCUGCAUUAAGUGGAUCGCAGGAGCACGGAGGACGACAAAAAGGUUCAGAACCUAAACCAGCACGUAAGAAGAAGGAUCCAAAUGCGCCAAAAGGCCCAGGAAACGUGUUCUUCUUGUACAGCCGUAUGGAGCGAGAUAAAAUUAAGGAUGAAUAUCCCGGCGAAAACCAAGGCGACCUUACUCGUAUUCUUGGUCAUAAAUGGAAGAAUUUGGCAAAAGACGAAAAACAAAAGUACUAUGACAUUUACAAAAAGGAACAAGAAGAAUAUGAAGAAGCUAUGAAAUCGUACACAGCUUCUGCUUCAGUCACAGGUACUCCUGGAUUGGAAACUGCUAGCCAGACAGAAGAUCAUAUGUCAAUGGGCGAAGAUGAUGAAGAAGAUAUGCUGAACGAAGACGAUGUUGAAACACCUGUGGCCCCAACCACCAUUGACACCAUCGUUGCUGACACUAAUCCCACUCGUUCACCAGCUCCCGAGUCAUCACUACCAUCUAUUUCUCUCAAUUCGGAGACUAAUGCAGCGGCUCUCCCACCAUCCUCUCCACUGGAUGAAUCUUCACAAUAGUUAUAUUCUUUUUUCUCUCCCCUCAAUUCUUUUUUCACAGAACAAUGAUCCACAGCAAUCGACAAACUGGGGUUGUCUCCUUUUGUAAUUUUAAUGAAUAGAAGUGUACGCACAUUUUUUUGUGAAAAUUUACAGUAUGUCCAUGUAGAAAUUAAAUCGGUUUGAUCUAUAUUAUCAUACAUCCAAAAAAGAACCAGGAUAAAUGAAUGCUGUAAGUAAAAAAAGAACAAUGUUUCCGUAUCGUCCACUAUAUCACAUACCUUAAAGUGCAGAGAAAUAAGGGAAAAGAUCAAGCACUUGAGAUCCUGCACCAAGUAAUAGAAUGCUCGAAGACCAUCGGGAUCAUUACUUUCCUGGACUUCGCCUAAUGACUGCAAUUUUGCAGUCU